AAUACAAGCCUGAGGACGACUUGUUCGCAGUAGCAAAGAAUGCGAGUGUCCAGCGUUUGAUAGGAUACAGUGAAAGGGAAGGCGACGCACGCACGUACGCGGCCCUGGCGAUAUUUGGUCCGUUUUGUAGCUGACGUCGAAUAUCUUUGCACUUUAUUAUUUUCUUCGGUUAUCCAUCUGUGUCUUGUCACUGUUCCUGCUUGGAUUAUCUCCAUUCCUUAAUAGCACUAUGUCGAAUGUUCAGUUGUCCUGCAGUACGUUGGAUAGGCUUGCAGCCAGGAGGACCUUUCCUCUCCACGCCCGAACAGGAGUGUGCAGGAACCUUUUCGGCCCGGUGGACCACGACGAGCUGGAUCGGGAGAUGAAGACCAAACUCCGGGAGAUCAGCGAAAGUGACCAGCGCAAGUGGAACUUUAACUUCGAAACCCACACCCCAGUAGAAGGCGGCGAUUACGUCUGGGAGGCGAAGCCGAUGGAUGCGAUCCCCGCGUUCUACAGAGACUCUAUUCAAGUAGGGAGAACACGGAUUACCGUACCGGUGUGGACGAGGUCUCCCUUGGACUUGCACCAAACGAUUAGUAAUGGCAGGGACGAGUCCAGCGCGGGUCAGGAUUUUUCCUCGCCCUCGGCUUGCACUGCCGCCCCGGAGAGUCGAUUGGCUGCGGUGGAGAGUGCAGUGAACUCCGGGGACAGGAAUCAAGAAAAUCAAUCGGAUAAUUUCAACUCAGGAAUAAGGACAGCCAGCAGAGCCGUGCCGUGCACACCACGAAAGCGGACGCCUGCUAGCGCAACAAACAGGCAAAUCACAGAGUUUUUCGCUAAAAGGAAAAGGUCGUUGGAAACAAAACAAUCUGGUGAAAAUGGCUCUCCUUCGGCGCCCGUGAUCCCUACGGAGCAGACUCCGAGAAAAAGGAUUCGAUGAGGUGGUCGCACUUUUUUCUUUUUUUUUUUUGUGUGAAGAUUCUGGUCUAUGGGGUUUCCAC